CUGCAACGUUCAACCAAAAAGGAGACAGCUCUGACAGUCGAACAGCAGGUCCUCAUUGCACUUAGAUUUUAUGCAAGUGGUUCAUUUCUGCAGGUGGUGGGGGGUACCCUGGGCUUUGAUAAUAAGGAUGUCACCAAUGCCGUUGUGUCCAAGAAACAUGACUACAUCAAGUGGCCGUUAACAAACGAAGAAAAGAAUGCUGUGAAAGAUGGAUUUUAUGGGCAUGGACACUUUCAAAAUGUUGUCGGAUGCAUUGACUGCACACAUGUUAGAAUUCAGGGACCAAGCGAGGAUGAACCAUCUUUUGUCAAUCGCAAGGGAUUUCACAGCAUUAAUGUGCAAGCUGUAUGU